CUUAGGCUUGAGAGCGCCCCGGCAUCGCGUGUUCUUCGCUCGUCAUGGAUUCCGUGGAUACUUUCAUCGGCAUCACAGGCGCUCCGCGCGCCGUGGCAAUCCGGAUGCUCCAGGAGAAUCGUGGCGAGCUCAAUGCUGCUGUGAACGCGUUCUUCGGCGAAUCGGACACCCCUGUGCCUCCUUCACAGCCAGAGGAACCCGAAAGAGUGGAUUACAUGGACGAGGACGAGCCGGUUAUUCCAGCGGCUCAGCCGAGAGGUUUAGGACUUCCGCCCUGGGAAGUUCCUCUUCCCAGACCAACGUUUGAUCCUCUGGGAAGUCUUUUUGGUGGGAGAGGGAUUGUCCCCGACAUCGUUCCUCCAUUCGUCUCUCAUCCGAGAGACGUGAGGAACGUCCCGAUUGAUUGGCAGGAUCCCGCUCCACCGCCGCCACCUCCGAAUCUCUCCAUUGAGGAGGUUACUGGACUUGAGAAUGUGCCCCGUAGUCCUGGAGGUGGGAUUGUUAGUAUGGAGGAUGAUGCGCCACCUUUUCCUGGUUUUUAUCCUCGGAGGAGUCCAGAGCGCGGUGCCACGGAAGAUCCCGAACUGGAAGAGCAAAUGGUCAGAGCGGCCAUUGAAGCGUCAAAGAUGGAUCCCGAGACAGGAGCUGAUUCCGCAAGUCAAUCUGUGCCGGGUACUGAAGACGAUGACAUUGCCCGUGCGGUUUCGCUAUCCUUGAAGACUGCAGAGGACGAGAAGAGGUUUCGAGAUUUACUCUCGCAGCCGGAAGAUACAGCAAGGGGAGAGAAUCCAAGUACUGGUCCAAGCAGUUUCCCGACACGGAACGUCAUCCAGGAGCCAGAGGAAACUCCUGACGAGCAGCCUUUACUCAGACGCAGACAGAGGCGCGUUGUUCCAAUAGUGGAGGAGCCUGCUGCCGAGGAAGCCUUUGAGAGACAGCCACGAAGUGCUGACGAAGAGCAUCGUCCAAGUGCGCCGCAGCCCAAUGGCGACAUGAUCCCCGCUGACGAGUGGGCAGGAAUAUCCUCGGAGGAGCAGGACGAAGCAGUGAUGCUGGAGGCGGCGUUUUUUGGUGGACUUCCCGACAUCCAGUAUCGUCCAACACCUGAGUUCGCUGCUGCUAGCGCCGCCGAUGUGUCAAGUUCUCGCCCCCAGCAGCCGCUUUCACCCUCCGUCGUUGCGCAACGGCUGUUGCGUGAGCAGCAGGAUGAUGAAUACCUGGCCUCGCUAGCGGCCGACAGAGAGAAAGAGGUGAAAGCGAAGCAAGACGCCGAGGCCGCGAGCGAGAUGGAGAAGCUCCGGCGGCAGGAGGAGCAGCGCAGAUCCGAGGCAGCAGCGGAGCUGGAGAGAAAGCUGGCGACCAAGGCCGAGUCGCUGCCAGCCGAGCCAACGCAAGAGGACGAUCAAGCCGUGACGAUUCUCGUUCGCUUGCCAGACGGUAGCCGGCACGGCCGCCGAUUCAGAAAGUCAGACAAGCUCCAGAAUCUCUUCGAUUUUAUUGACCUCAGCCGAGCAGUGGAGCCUGGCACCUAUAGGCUGGUGAGACAGUAUCCGCGAAGAGCUUUUACUGGUGACGACCACGCUGCGUCGUUUGAUAGCUUGGGCCUCACGAGCAAGCAGGAAGCACUGUUCCUGGAAACCAUUUAAAGCGCGAAUGAGAGAACGCGAAAGAAUAGAAAGAAAUCGCGAGGAAGAGCUUCUCUUCUUUUUUUUUGGACGGGGAUUUGGCGCGAGCGAUUUUUUGUGUGUAUCUACGAGGGAAUAUUGGGCGUGGUAUAUUCCAUCGAGCUCCAAAACUCACCUUUUUACGAAUAUUUUACAACCGAGUGUGA